CAGUUGGAGGCGACCAUAGGUGGCUGCUGUGACAAAGGGAAAUUGUGCUUUUCCAGCAUGCUAACUGACCCUGAUUUACCUCAGGAGUUUGAAAGGAUGUCUUCCAAGCGACCAGCCUCUCCGUAUGGGGAAGCAGAUGGAGAGGUAGCCAUGGUGACAAGCAGACAGAAAGUGGGAGAAGAGGAGAGUGACGGGCUCCCAGCCUUUCACCUUCCCUUGCAUGUGAGUUUUCCCAACAAGCCUCACUCUGAGGAAUUUCAGCCAGUUUCUCUGCUGACGCAAGAGAACUGUGGCCAUAGGACUCCCACUUCUCAGCACAACACAAUGGAAGUUGAUGGCAAUAAAGUGAUGUCUUCAUUUGCCCCGCACAACUCAUCUACCUCACCCUUGAAGGCAGAAGAAGGUGGGCGUCAGAGUGGAGAAUCAUUGUCCAGCACGGCCCUGGGAACCCCUGAAAGACGCAAAGGGAGCCUAGCGGAUGUUGUAGACACCCUUAAGCAAAGAAAAAUGGAAGAGCUCAUCAAAAAUGAGCCAGAAGAAACACCCAGUAUUGAAAAGCUACUAUCAAAGGACUGGAAAGACAAGCUUCUUGCCAUGGGAUCAGGGAACUUUGGAGAAAUAAAAGGGACUCCAGAAAGCCUCGCUGAGAAAGAAAGGCAGCUCAUGGGUAUGAUCAAUCAGCUGACCAGUUUGCGAGAACAGCUGCUAGCAGCUCAUGAUGAACAGAAGAAACUGGCUGCAUCACAGAUCGAGAAACAACGCCAACAAAUGGAGCUGGCUAAGCAGCAGCAAGAGCAGAUCGCAAGACAACAGCAGCAGCUCCUGCAGCAGCAACACAAAAUUAACCUUCUUCAGCAACAGAUCCAGGUCCAGGGUCAGCUGCCUCCAUUAAUGAUUCCCGUAUUCCCUCCAGACCAGCGAACCCUAGCAGCAGCUGCACAGCAAGGAUUUCUUCUUCCUCCUGGUUUCAGCUACAAAGCGGGAUGCAGUGACCCUUACCCCGUUCAGCUGAUCCCAACUACCAUGGCAGCUGCUGCCGCAGCAACACCAGGCUUAGGCCCGCUCCAACUGCAGCAGUUGUAUGCUGCCCAACUUGCUGCAAUGCAAGUGUCUCCAGGAGGCAAGAUACCUGGCAUACCCCAGGGUAACCUCGGUGCUGCUGUAUCCCCUACCAGCAUCCACACAGACAAGAGCACAAACAGCCCUCCACCCAAAAGCAAGGAUGAAGUGGCCCAGCCUCUGAACCUUUCAGCCAAACCCAAGACAUCUGAUGGCAAGUCUCCCACAUCGCCCACCUCUCCUCAUAUGCCAACACUGAGAAUAAAUAGUGGGGCCAGUUCACUAAAGUCAUCUGUGCCAGCAACAUUAGCUAGUCCUUCAGCCAGAGCUAACACAAUAGAUAUCCUUUCUUCUAUCACGUCGUCAGGUUAUUUAAAUGACCAUGAUGCUGUUACCAAGGCAAUCCAAGAGGCCCGACAGAUGAAGGAGCAACUUCGGAGGGAACAACAGGUGCUGGACGGGAAGGUGGCCGUUGUAAAUAGCCUGGGUCUCAAUAACUGCAGGACAGAAAAGGACAAAACAACACUGGAGACCCUGACUCAGCAAUUGGCAGUAAAACAGAGUGAAGAUGGGAAGUUUAGCCAUGCAAUGAUGGAUUUCAACAUGAGUGGAGAUUCUGACGGAAGUGCAGGAGUUUCAGAGUCUAGAAUUUACCGGGAAUCAAGAGGACGUGGUAGCAAUGAGCCCCAUAUCAAGCGCCCAAUGAAUGCAUUCAUGGUGUGGGCUAAAGAUGAACGGAGGAAGAUCCUUCAAGCCUUCCCUGACAUGCACAACUCCAAUAUCAGCAAGAUACUAGGAUCUCGCUGGAAAGCGAUGACAAACCUAGAGAAGCAGCCAUACUACGAGGAGCAGGCCCGACUCAGCAAACAGCACCUGGAGAAAUACCCGGACUACAAAUACAAGCCAAGACCGAAGCGCACCUGCCUUGUAGAUGGCAAAAAACUACGCAUUGGCGAGUACAAGGCUAUCAUGCGCAACAGACGCCAGGAGAUGAGGCAGUAUUUUAAUGUUGGGCAACAAGCACAGAUUCCCAUUGCCACUGCGGGUGUAGUUUACCCAGGAGCCAUUGCCAUGGCAGGAAUGCCUUCCCCACAUCUGCCCUCUGAGCACUCAAGCGUGUCCAGCAGCCCGGAGCCCGGGAUGCCCGUCAUCCAGAGCACUUAUGGCAUCAAAGGUGAGGAGCCUCAUAUCAAGGAAGAGAUGCAGACCGAUGAUGUCAAUGGAGAAAUCUACGAUGAAUACGAUGAGGAAGAGGAUGACCCUGAUGCGGACUAUGGCAGUGACAGUGAAAAUCACAUUGCGGGGCAAGCCAACUGAUCAGGGUCCAAAUAUCUCUUGACCUACAGGACUUCAAGGAAAAAAGAAAAAAUAAAUAAAGCCCCACCUGGUUUAUCUUUGCCAGUGGCCAAGCACAUUAACUUUCUCAUACACUGACUGUUACUUUAACUGUUAGUCUUAACUAGUUGGGACAUCAGCUGACUAAUAGACAUCAGCCUGCAUCAGAAGAAAAAAGGCUCAGAAGAAAGGAAACAAAGACAACGACAACAACAACAGAAUGAUAUAAGCUAUGGGUAAAAUAAUGCCAGUAAUUCAGCUGCUAUACCCAAGCACUGAAGUCUUACCCGUCGACCUUUUAUUAUUAUUAUUUUUUUUUUCAAAUAAACUUUAUGGCUGUUUGUUCUACAA